GGGCCCAAUCGCCUGUUCUCCGCCUCGUUGUUACAAAAAUUUACUUCGACACACCGACCAGUGAAGAACCCGCCAAAAAGAAAAGCGAAAAAAGGAAGGAAAAUAGCCGACUUCACCUGAACGAGACUGGUGGGCAGUAGCAAAGCCGAGAACGCUAUCGCAGUACUGUAUUUUUAUUAACUGAAAUCAAUUCUUCAUUUCGUAAUCUAAUCUUUCCCCCAAAUUCUAAAACCCUAGAAUCCUUUUUUCAUUUAUUCUGGUACGGUAAACCAUAAUGUCGUCCGAUUCUAGCCCAUCUUUCCCUAUCUCCGAUGGCUUCGCUGACCUUGAUUCUGAUUCCCAACUGGUCCAUAAACGGUUUGAUUUGUUGACAUUGAAUGAACCGGCCGAAUUAGAGCGUAAUCGUCCUGGAAACGGGAAUGAAAUCGCCGAUGGAUCGUUGAGUCCGGAGAGAAACAACGACGUCGCUGAAGAUGAAGAUCGAUUACGAGUGGGGGAUCAAGAGAUUUUUGGCGAAGAAGGGCUUUCAAGUCCCAGCAGCAGUGGAUAUACUGGUGGGAGAGGGAGUAGCAGCGUCACGAGCCCGUCGAGGAUUGGUGAAACGAGUGAAAUUGAUGAUAACGAGAUUCAAGAACUGAGGAACGAUGGUUCCCUUGGAGGAAUCUACGGUUCUCAGGCCUCCUGGGUUCCUGGUAAACGUCACCUCGAUGAGGAUGAUGCUUCAAUAUCUUGGAGAAAGAGGAAGAAGCACUUCUUUAUUUUGAGUAAUUCUGGCAAACCAAUAUAUUCCAGAUAUGGAGACGAGCACAAGCUAGCAGGUUUUACAGCAACACUACAAGCCAUUAUUUCCUUUGUGGAGAAUGGGGGAGAUCAUGUCAAAUCGGUCAAGGCUGGAAACCACCAGGUGGUUUUUCUUGUGAAGGGACCGAUAUAUUUAGUUUGCAUCAGUUGCACAGAAGAACCCCUUGAAUCAUUAAAAGGACAAUUAGAGCUUAUUUACGCUCAGGUAUCUAUUGUCUCCCUUGCAAUUCUCUACUUCUGGAUAGAUGAAUUUGGUUUCUACUGCCUAUUCAAGCCUUGCAAAUUUCCCUUGAUCAUUUUAUUCUGCCAUUACAUUUUUUGCUUAUGUACACCCAAAAGUACUCCUACUGACCCUUUUGCUUGGAACCCAGCUACGUUUCUUCAUGCAUACACUUGUCUGCCACUUGCUUAUGCAACAAGGCAAACUGCAGGCGCUAUAUUGCAAGAUGUUGCUGAUUCUGGGGUUCUUUUUGCAAUACUGAUGUGUAAACACAAGGUUAUCAGUCUUGUUGGUGCACAAAAAGCCUCCCUUCAUCCUGACGAUAUGUUGCUACUUUCAAACUUUGUGUUAUCAUCAGAGUCAUUUAGGACAUCAGAAUCGUUCUUGCCAAUUUGUUUACCAAGAUAUAAUCCUAUGGCAUUUUUGUAUGCUUAUGUGCAUUUUCUUGAUGUCAAUACAUACUUGAUGUUGCUUACUACCAGUUCAGAUGCCUUCUAUCACCUUAAAGAAUGCAAGAUUAGCAUAGAAGCGGUUCUUUUGAAGUCCAACGUUCUUAGUGAAGUUCAAAGGUCAAUGAUAGAUGGUGGAAUGCGUGUUGUCGAUUUGCCAGUCGAUUCAUUGCCUCGAUCGGGUUCAUCUCCUCAUCUUGGCAAGCAAAGACUUACAUCAGAUUCUCCUGAGAUGCCUAGGGAACCAUUUGUUGGCAUCGGUGGUCCUGCUGGACUUUGGCAUUUCAUUUAUCGUAGUAUAUACCUGGAUCAAUAUGUGUCCUCCGAGUUCUCACCACCACUUAACAGUCUCCGGCAACAGAAAAGAUUAUAUAGAGCUUACCAAAGACUGUAUGCUUCCAUGCACGAUAAAGGAAUUGGGCCACAUAAAACUCAGUUUAGAAGAGAUGAAAACUAUGUUUUACUCUGCUGGGUCACACAAGAUUUUGAAUUCUAUGCAGCAUUUGAUCCACUUGCAGACAAGGCUCUAGCAAUAAAGACUUGCAACCGGGUUUGUCAAUCGGUAAAAGAUGUGGAAAAUGAGAUUUUUUUGCAUGGAGCAAGCCCCUUUUCAUGGUGACAAGUCAACCAUGUAAUACAAAAUGUAUUGUAGUUUUGGUUGUUUGCACACUCAUAGCAACUUCUUCGGGGCCAACACUUUUUUCCCUCCUACGUUCAUGAUACCUAUAUUUAGUUACCAAAUGUAUGAUCCACCUUGAAGGGUUUUUUUUUUAAGUAAGAUGCUAAACUAUGAGUACUCUGUUUUGUUCGAACUGAGGCGUAUUUUGUAUUAGUAUGGUAUGGAUGACAAAUAAAGGUGACAAAGUAGUUUUUUGUA